AUGUUGGCAUUGGCUCUCCUUGCCUUACUCUGUGUGUCAGCUGAGUCCGGUAAUCUUGUCCAGCCACGGGCAUCCUCCUACAAUGGAGAGUAUGGAGGAGGGGGAGGAGAGCGCUUCUCUCACUCAGGCAACCAGCUAGAUGGCCCCAUCACUGCCAUCCGAAUCCGGGUCAACAGAUACUACAUUGUGGGACUUCAGGUACGAUAUGGCAAAGAAUGGAGCAACUAUGUUGGGGGUUCCCAGGGUGACCUGGAGGAGAUUUUUCUGUACCCCGGGGAGUCAAUCAUCCAAGUAUCUGGCAAAUAUAAAUACUACCUUCGGAAGUUGGUCUUUGUGACAGACAAAGGCCGAUACUUGCCUUUUGGCAAAGACACAGGCACCAGCUUCAAUGCUGCCCCACUGUACCCCAACACCGUUCUUCGAUUCAUCAGUGGCCGCUCUGGCUCCCUCAUCAAUGCUAUUGGCCUUCACUGGGAUGUUUACCCCAGUGAAUGCAGCAGCUGCUAA